AUGCAACAAAAUAGCAGUGUUUCUGCCAUGUCUUCGACCAUAAAAGGAACUCUGGUUCUAGCUGGGAAUGGUGAUAAUAGAUUAAAUGUCAGAGGUUCAGUGAGAAGUUAUAAUGCCAAAACAAUGCAUACAGAAGCUAAAAACUUGCACGCGUCAAAAAACAAAGGCUUUUUCAUGUUUUCUUCGACACUUACACAAUCCAAAGACACUUCUUCGGAAGUAACAAAAAUAACUAAUUCGGUGACACCAAUCUCCCAAACAGAUAGUGUAACUAGUGAUAUUACAAAUAGUAUCCAAACAAAAAGUGUGCAAUCUAACACGAACAGAACAACAGAGGGAAGUGAAGGACCCUUCAAAGAACAGAAAACAUCCAUAGCGCAAAUUCAGACCACGGAAAUGGGAUCUGUAGUACCUUCAAUAACGAAGGACUUAUCAAAGAAACCGACAGACGUAUUGAAUCAAAUAAACACAUCACGCUUUAUGAUCCCCUCAACAACGACGUUACGUGUACCUUAUUCCUCUCCAUCUUCUGUAUCUUCGAUUAAAAACACAUCGACAGGAGCUAUAAAGCCUUCAAAAACAAUAUCAGGGACAAACCUAUCAAAUAAAAAAACAAAUGAUAUACCAGUUAGCAGCACGUUAUUGAUCUCAAUAGCGGAAACGUCAACGAAACAAACGGACAUCACUACAAAUCAAAACAAGAAAACAACAGAAAAUUAUUCGAAUGACGUGACCUCUCAAGAUUUUACGGAACAGAAAUCAAACUUUGAGACGUCAACAAUCGGAAUCACAUCUUUGCCAUCCACAGUAAUGAAAUCCUCAAUACAACAUUCAAUACAUAACUUGUCUUCGGAACCAAAAUCAAUAACUUCCAUAACAGAAAUACGAAAUGAGUCUGGCGUAAGCGUAACACAGCCAUCAUGGGAAGCUUCUAGAUCAACGAUAUAUAAAAAUAGAAAUACUCAACAAACCUUUUCAAGUUUGCUUGGAAAUAAAGACAAAACAAAGCAGGUACGUCCAGCAACUCAAACUUUGUCUCCCUCUGACAGAUACUUAACUUCUAAUAGCGAAGAGCGAACAGCUGCUUCGAGUCCACCAAACUACAUCACAACCGCAACAACAUCCAAUCCUUCAGCAGUAGAAACAUCAACCUCUCCAACAAAAAAUACAAUAUUGACCUCAGUAGAAAUGGACAAAUCUACAUUUUAUGAGUCAAAAACACAGGAAACAACUGUGAAAGUAUCAACUUCGCCUAAUCCGACCCUGAUGCCCACAAUAUCCACAUGGGACUCAACACGAGAAGUGAAUUCAGUAAUUCAACACCAAACUUCUCUAACCAAAAUGUCAACUAUCAACGACUACACACUAUCAACAAGAAAACAAGGUAAUAUUUCUUCCUCUAAAAAAAUCCAAUUAAUUACGAAUCAGCAAUCAACAAUAGAGGUAACGAAUGAUUCAUCGGUAGAAUCAUCUACAACUGGCAAUGAAAAAUCCACAACGGCAGCGUUAGUUCAUGGAUCAAAAUCACCUGUUACGGACCAAAGUUUAUCAUCAAAGAAGUUACCUGUCGCGAGCACAUCUGUCAAUUCACCCUUACCUUCCAAAAAUUCAAUGUCAACUAAACUCAUUUCAACAACAUCGACGGGGAAGAAACAAACAAACGUAAUUGACUCAACAGGUGGAAAAACUGUUCUUGUCAACACCCAAUCAUCAUCGAUCGAUAAAAUUUCUUUUUCACAUUUUGCGCGCACUACUCUUCCUACUAACUUAUCAACAGACUAUAACAGUAACCGCACAAAUGAAUCUACAACAAUCGACGAGUAUGCAACAACUCGUACGAAAAUGACAUCUGCAGACAUAUCAAGUAUACAACAAACACAUGCACAGGAGACGUCAACUUCUGUCAUAACUUCUGAGGCAUUCUUUUCUACAUCCAAUUUGCCUAUCUCUUUCUCUAAAACGAAUUUGAUGCCAACUAUGGAUACCUCAACAAAAUCAACAACAGGGCAACAAAUAUCGAAUUCACAAAGUUCGACGCCGUUCGAAUCAAGUAUAGUUCCCUUUUCAACCCAUAGAACCACUCAGAUGCGAUUAACAAAGAGCACAAAUAAAGAGUCGUCAAGGCCAGAGAAACUUACCUCUGUUGGUACAACAAAUAAAGCAACAUCGAUAGAAACUUCAGUUAUUCACAAGCACCAAUCACAAUCGACUGCUGGUGUAAUCCUAUCAAACUUAACGUCAAGUGGAAUUAAAUAUACAAAGAAUUUCUCCACAAAAACUGAAGAAAACUAUUCAACAACACAAGUUAAUACUUCAUCUAACACAUUCCAGUCUGCAACAGCAAUACCUUCAGAACAGACAUCCUCCUCAGUUGUUGAAAUGUCAUCUCCUGGUAUGACAACAAAGGAGGGAUAUUCAACAACAGAAGUUAAAAAUUCACCGAAAACAUUCCAGUCAGCAACAACAAUACCUUCAGAACAGACAACAUCCUCAGUUGUUGAAUUGUCAACUCCUAGUAUGUCCACAAGGAAUGGAUAUUCAACAACAGAAGUGAAAAGUUCAACUAACACAUUCCAUUUAGCAACAAAAAUACCUUCAGAACAGACAACCUCCACAGCUGUUGAAUUAUCAUCUCCUGGUAUGACCACAAAGGAGGGAUAUUUAACAACACACGUUAAAAGUUCAACUAACACAUUCCAGUCAGCAACAACAAUACCUUCAGAACAGACAUCCUCCUCAGUUGUUGAAUUUUCUUCUCCUGGUAUGACAACGAAGGAGGGAUAUUCUACAACAGAAGUUAUAAGUUCAUCGAACACAUUCCAGUCAGCAACAACAAUACCUUCAGAACAGACAACAUCCUCAGCUGUUGAAUUGUCAACUCCUAGUAUGUCCACAAGGAAUGGAUAUUCAACAACAGGAGUGAAAAGUUCAACUAACACAUUCCAGUCAGCAACAACAAUACCUUCAGAACAGACAACCUCCACAGCUGUUGAAUUAUCAUCUCCUGGUAUGACAACAAAGGAGGGAUAUCCAACAACACACGUUAAAAGUUCAACUAACACAUUCCAGUCAGCAACAACAAUACCUUCAGAACAGACGUCCUCCUCAGUUGUUAAAUUGUCUUCUCCUGGUAUGACAACAAAGGAGGGAUAUUCAACAACAGAAGUUAAAAGUUCACCUAACACAUUCCAGUCAGCAGCAACUAUUUCUUCAGGACAAACAACCUCCUCAGUUGUCGAAUUGCCAUCUCCUGGUAUGACCACACAAGCUUCUCUUACAGGUGUAACGAGCGUAUUUCUCUCACAUGAUUCAUCAACAACUGAAGAGUCAUCUGAAUUGGUAAAUGAUAACAUAACAAUAUCCACAGAUAAAGCAAUCAUUUCCACAUCAACAACCCAAAACAAUGCUUUGGUUCCAUCAACAGAAGAGAAAUCAACGUCAUCAACUGAUGAAAGUACAUUAUUCACAACAUUGUUAGGUAUUGAGUCUUCAACAACCGGGAACUUCUCAGUAAACACGUGGUUUGUGACAUUACCAGAAACAUCAAAUGCACAAAGAACACAAGACAUUACAAAUGAUAAUACAGUCAGUCAGGAAUUGCAUUCCUCAACCAGAAUACCUGUACAUAUCACAGCACCCCUUUUAACCGAGGAAACCUCUACAGAAUCAACAGAGGAAACAUUAAACAAUCAUUCAAUAACUAAUACGAUAGAUAAUGCCACAACUUCAACAUUUCACUCACCUUCAACAUCACAGCCAGUCAAAUCAACAGAAAUUCAGUAUUCAACGACACAUUUAAUCCAUAUGGCAUCAGUUGAAAGCACUGAUGAGGAAUCGUCAAUAUCAGAGAAAAAUAAUUUUGCAGUUACUACAGAUCAAGCUUUAUCUGUAGCAUCUUCCAUUACAACUACACAAGAACCACUAUUAACUUCCACUUCCAGUGAAAUUCUAUAUACAUCACCAACAACAUAUGAAGAAGGAACGACAGAAAAUAAAUUGACAGAGAGGUCAUCCACAAAAGUAGAUUCAACAAGGGAAGGUAACAGCUUAACAACAGCAGUUCAAUCAGCAAAAACAGAUUCUGAACAUACAGCUUUUCCUACUGACGAAUUUUCUAGUAUGACUGCACAAACUUAUUUCACAGAAACAAACAAUGUAUCAACAACUAACGAAUCGUCAGGAUCGACAGAAAGUCAGACUACAAUAACCCCAAACCAACCAAUUGCAACGAAAGUAGUUACAUUACCUAACACUCAAUUGACAGAUUCAACAGGUGAAGAAACAACAAUGUUCGAAAUGUCGUCAACAGCUGGAACUGUUUCAGUAAAUACAUUAUCACGUACGGAAGAACCUAACACUGAAUCUUCAUCAAUAACAAUUGACAUUUCGACAUCAGAGACCCGAGAAACGAAUCCUUUAGAAAACCAGUUCACCACAGAUCAUACGAAAGAGACAUCUACAGUCAAACAAUCACCUAAUGUCCAUACUAACCAUCCAGUACAUACUUCGACAAUAAAUGGACCGGAAAAUUCAAUAACCACUGAGGAAUUAUCAAUAUUCCAUACAACAGAAACUACGCCUUCUCAACAAAAAACGAUAAGAACCACAGACAAUGUGUUCGGCGAAACUACUAUGGAGUUUUCAGUAACUCGUGAGUCAACAAAACCAAGAGCUAGUUCAGCUAUUUAUUCGUCUUCAGAGACAAUCACCAGCUCGUUGAAUGAAACAGAUACCACUUUGGUUACGACCCCGAUGCAGUAUUCAAGUGUUUCCAGAGAGUCAACUCAAAAUUUAGCAAAGGAGACAUCUAUGCAGCCUCCUGUCGGUGAACAUUUAACAACGAUGAAAUCAGAAAAAGAAGAACUUGAAAUAACGACUGAAGAUAUAAACACUGAAGCGACAACGAUUCAUAAAGAGACAGACUAUUCUUCAGUAACUGAUUUAACUCCCCAAAAGAUUUCAGCAUUCGUAUCCAAUCAACCAACGGCAGAAAACACAAAUUCUACGGCAACAAUUCCUCCGUCAGCAUCAACAAAUAUCACUAAUGAAUCAAUACAUGAAAGAAUUACAGUCUCAAAUUCAAAGACUUAUUCAACAACUGAGACGGAGAACUCAACAGUGAUAGGAAACUCUUAUACAUAUACAACAUCCCACGAUUUAUCUCACAGCACAUCAAUCCACAAGGACACAGCUAAUUCUACGAUACAUUCUUCUAAUUCAAAUAUAAAUACUACAACAACACUUCCUUCGAAAGAGGUAUCUACUGUCGUUUCCACAAUCAAAGAUUUAACUAUUACUACUAUCAAACCUCAUAAAUCAACAGCAUUACCAGUUGAGACGAGUCUCUGGGUGACGGAAUCAAACACAGGGCCUUCGACUGUUGAAUCCGCAACACAUGACAACUCUAAUGCUCCCACUAAAAACACUUCGUACAGUCCCUUUGUUACCUCAAAACUAACUGCAACACACAAGCUCACAAAUAUUGUCACUGGUCAAACUACGGAACCUGUUCAUACCCCGUCCGUUCAGUCCUCUAUCGUUAAUGAUAAAACGUUUGAAGGCCUCAUAACAACAAGAAGUGCAUCUAUUCAAACAAGAAUGUCAACGGAUAAAAAAGAAAGAAGCAAAAUUACAACGGAAGUGUUAUCAUCUACAGUUGCAUCUACUAAACAAUCAAAAUAUUCAGAAUCAUCACUGGCAUCUUUAACACCUGCAAUACAAACAGUGACCAUGGCAACCACUGAAUCAACUGGAACUCCAAAUACAGGAUCUGCCUACUUUGAAUUUGCAAUCCUAAUUUGGAUAUCUGGAAAAUUCAGUGCAAGCCUUCAAAGGAACCUUACGUUUAUGAACGAAAUUAAAUUCUUGGUGAAGGACAACUUCCUUCCUUCGAAAUACCGGCAAAGUACUAUAUUCAAUCUUCAGGUUUUCGCUAUAACAGAAGGAAGCAUUAAAGUACAUGUACAGUCGAAAGUGUUCGUUCAAACCUUACGCCGUAUGAACAUCACAGUAGGGGACCUUGUGCGCAAUGUAGCUGACCAGGUCGAUUCUGUGGAAUUUUCUACCAUAAGCACUUCCCAUGGAAAUAUUUAUGACAAUAAAGAAGAUAUAAGAAGAGAAUUUAUCAACCACGAGAAUGAUACAGAAUGUGAAGCAGUAGGUAUUUGUGACAGUACUGAAGAAUGUACUUCAUCCGUCAACAAUUAUACCGCCAUAUUAUGCAAUCUGCACCGAUCCGUCUGCUCUCUUGAAUGUGGUCCAAACGGCGCAUGUGUCAAUUCCAGUGGCAUCUUCCACUGCAGAUGCAAGUCAAAUUGGCUGAAUAUCUAUUACGGUUUGCAUUGCGAAAGUAGAGCUGUUUCUUUGGAAGCCCAACUAGGGAUUACUUUUGGAUGUCUUGGAGUUCUGAUGAUCUUUAUAUUCAUAGUAUGCCUUGUGAGAUCUCGGAACAGAAAUAAAGAAAGCUACUAUGAGGGAGAUGCCGUGGGAGGCUGGCGGGGGUUUAAUGGCGGGGAUUCCCGAUGGUCGACGUUUUCGGGGAGAUACUCUACUCGGGAGGUACCAUACAAAAGGUCUUUGCGUGAUGGAAAAUACCUGGUACCCGCACAUGACCCUUUCGGUAGCGGUCGCAUGACCAGGCCAGGCCUGUAUCUCCCUAGAAAUGAUGGGGUGGAUACCAGUUUUAUCGAUAGUGUCCCAAGCUACAGCAAAUUCAAUUUAGAUGCUGAUUUUACCAUACGAAGACCUGUUGUGUCGAAGGAACCAAGUGCAAUAUAUUUGAAUAACCAAUCUUGGAGAUUUACAGGAUACACGAACACUGCCUUUUACAAGUUUGUAGAAGAGAGAACGCAUCUUUAAAUUGAAUUCAUUGGAGAAUUCAAAAACAGUUUUAUUCGAAUAUAAAAAUGAUUUUCUUGAUUCUUACUUUCGAGAUACAGUUAUUUUACACUAUAUGUAUCUGUACAUAUGUAUAUA